AUGCCCAGUCCUGUCGUGGCUGCCGGCCCCAAAGAUCCAAUCCAAACUGUCAUCGUCGGAGGCCCAAGCAAUACAGGUGGCUUCAACCCUCCCACGUUGCAAGUUGAUCGAGGUAGUCGUGUGCACUUUGACUUCCUCGCGGUCAACCAUACCCUGACCGAGUCCACCUUCGACAACCCUUGCCAGAAGAAGCCGGGUGCCCUGAUUGACACUGACUUCAAUAAUGCAAACCCGGACAACCUACCCAACCAGCACCCUUUUGAUUACACGUUCGAGUCUAACGAGCCUCGGUACUUUUACUGCAAGCAAGGCGCGGGUACCAGUGCCAGCCAUUGCGCACAUGGGGAGGUGUUUGCAGUGAAUAUCAACGAAACGGUGUUUACGGACUUCCGAGAACGGGCGAUGGCAAGUGACUCGUAG